GACUAUAUAAGCUGUGUUUAAUUCUUUAGAACCCUACUCGACAGCCGCUGCAAUUCAGGUUAGUCUGGGCGUGUUUAACAGUGAUCACCAAUGGCUCCUAAAGCUGACAGUACAAAAAAGGCUGAUCCAAAGGCACAGGCCUUGAAGACUGCUAAGGCUGUGAAAUCGGGUUCAACUAUCAAGAAGAAAGUUAAGAAGAUCCGAACAUCAGUUACCUUUCACCGGCCGAGGACAUUGAAAAAGGACAGGAACCCCAAGUAUCCACGCAUCAGUGCUCCUCCUAGAAACAAGUUGGACCACUAUCAAAUACUCAAAUAUCCACUGACCACUGAAUCUGCAAUGAAGAAGAUUGAGGAUAACAACACCCUAGUUUUCAUCGUUGACAUCCGUGCUGAUAAGAAAAAGAUUAAAGCUGCAGUGAAGAAGAUGUAUGACAUUCAGACCAAGAAAGUGAACACUUUGAUCAGGCCUGACGGAACCAAGAAGGCUUACGUUCGAUUGACUCCAGACUAUGAUGCCUUGGAUGUGGCCAACAAGAUUGGCAUUAUCUAAGUUAAACUUGAAUUGUCUUGUUUUCCUUGUAAAAGACAUUUUAUUUCUCUGCGACAGUUUUGCUAGUUGUGUUGUCUUUUGAAUAGCAAUGCAGUUUUUGUUUGA